GACAGACGGUUUACUAGUUUGAAAACGCUAACGAAAAAACAAAUUCAAACUACAACGGCAAGUCAACAAUGAACGAAAUUAUUGGAUAUCUGCUUGUUUGAAAUUACGCGUUAAAUUUCUUUCUUUCAAUUUUUAUUACAAAAUCGGCGGUAAUACAGUUAUAAGUGACGGAACAGUCGGGGAAACAUGUUAGAGAAGUGGAAGAAAAUUUUAACGAACUGGAUAAAUUGUUAUUUUAAUGAGGGAGAUAAAAAGGAAUUGCCUGUUAGUUUAGAAACUUUGAUUGACAUAAUAUCUCAUUUGAGAGACAAUUUUAAUCUCGACGAGUCCAAAUCUUCUUUAUUAGAGGCCCAAACAGUACAUGAAUUUAUUAUUGAGAAAUAUCCUGAUUUCAAAUUUGAAAAUGGAACAUCUAAGCCAGAGAGUGAGACAGAGUUGCACAUAGCUGCAUCUCUUUUACUUUAUUUUGUGUGUGUGAACUCUAAGGAUGUGGAUAUUAAAAAUGCUAUGUGCAAGAAUCUUGGUGUGGAUGACCAGGAGAUCAUUUUGAAAUUCAGUAAAUGCUUGAUGACCUGUUCCAGUAUAACAUGUGAGGAAGUUUUGGCAGCAAUUAAAGAUGCAUGUGGGCAAGUUCUGGUCAGAACCAACCUGGAACCUUUAACAGUAUCUGAAACUCCUCCAGCCUUGCGCUCACUUCAUAAUGAAGUGCGGCGUUUACAAGCUGCCCUGGAAGCAGAACGAUUUGAUCGGAAUUAUCUUCAAGAUGAACUUAGCAGGACUAACUUGAAGCUUGAAAAGCUAGUCAAAGAGAAAGAACAAUAUAAACUGGAAGUAUUAAAUCUAAAAGCUAAAAUAUCGUUAUGUUGUGGUGAGGACAAAGAGGCAAAAGCUUCCGAACCUGUGCCAAAUAAUUCAAAUAAACUGUUGAAACAGUUGGAGCAAGCUGAGGAAAGGCUUGUUAAUGUGCAAGAACAGCUGGAUGAUGCACAGCAUGAGAGAGAUGCCUUUAAAAGCAAGCUAGAAGAAUCUAAACGUGAGUAUGAAAAUUUACUCGCUCUAAGUCAACAAGAAACCAGAAGAGCAAAUCAACUUGCAGAGGAGCUAGAAACAGAACGUCAUCAGACUCAGUCACUCCGCGAAUUAGUUUCAGAGUUGAGGCAACACAAUCGUCUCAAUGGACUUGAUUCAAGUCAAUUUGAAUGUGAUGAUCUUGAUGCUAGUAUACAUUCACCUCAGCAUAAUUUGUCUAUUUGCAGUGAAGCAUGUGCCAAUGUUAUUGAAGUGCAGCUUAGUGAAGAACGAGCAAAGAUAGUGGUUUUGAAAGCACAUAUUCAAGAAUUGCAGGAUCAGUUAAACAACUUAAACAAAAGAUAUGAAGAUGAAAAGCAAGCAUUUACUAAUACUGCAGCGGUAAAAGAAAAGGAAAUAAUAAGUUUAAAGCACAGAAUCAAUGAAGAAACAGAAGAUAAAAAUAACAUCAAAAUACAACUACAUGAUGAAUUGGACAGGUUUAAAAGUGAAAUCAAUGAACUGGAAAGGAAAUUGAAAGAUUCAAAUGAGAAUUCUCAAAAGGUCAUUGAAUGUAAGAUGCAAGAAAUUCAAAUCCUUCAAGAAGAAAAAAUGUCUCUUCUUCAAAGUCUAACUAACGAAACAACUAAAUUAGAAAAUGUUAUCAAGAAUCUCCAAAUUGAUAUUGAGAAUGAGAAAGCUUCGAAAAAUAAGAUGAGAGAAGAUUAUGACAACCAUAUAAUGAAACUAAAUGAAAAAGUAUUAAAUAGGAGUAAUGAACUAUGUGAACUGCAGAACAAAAUAGAAUGCAAUGGAGAAAGGAUAGAUCAGCUUCAGAUUCAGUUAAAAAAAGAGAAGGACUUAAGAGAUGACAUGUCUAAUAAACAUAAUAAUGAUAUUGUGAACUUGAAUGUGAUGAUGAAGCGAAAGUCUGAGGAACUUUUAGAUGUUCAAAUGGAAUUAAAACAGCAAAUAGACAUGAAUACAGCUCUAAAAAAGGAAUUGGAUCAUAUGAAAAAUUGUUUCACUAAAUCGAAAGAAGAAAUAAAAGUUUUAGAAGAAAACAAGGAAAAGCUUUUCAAUGAUAUAAAAAGUCGCGAUAAAAAGAUUGAAAUAUUACAAAAGGACCUGGAAAAUUUUAAGAACGAAUCCCAAGCCACUACAUUUACAUUAAAAAGUCAACUACAAGACGAAAUACAAUAUAAGCUAGGAUUACAAAAGAACAUAUCCACAAUCGAAAAAACUAUUUUAGAUAAAGAUAAAACAAUUGUAGAAUGUGAAAAGAAACUAGCUACUAUGCAAGAACUAGCUGAAAAUGAUAUUAAACAUUUACAUGAUGAUAUUUCGGAAAAGAUGAAAAUAAUUGAAUUAAGUGAAAGUAAAUUUGAAAUGAUAACAAAAGAGAAAGAUGCCUUGCAAGAAGAUCUAAAAGUUAUAUGUGCUGAGAAAAACAAUUUGAUAGAGAACUUGAAGCAGAAAUCAAAUAACAUCAAUUUACUUGAAGUAGAAAUCAAAAAAUUAUCUAGGAUUGUUGAGGAAAGUAAUGAGGCUACACAAAUUCUAAAAGAUGAUCUUCAAAAUAAGACCAUAAUGUAUGAUGAGUUACAAAAAGAUUUUAAUUCUGAAACAACUAAAUUAGCAGCAAAAUUAAACGAGAUGGAAAAAUCACUAAAGGACCUUAAAUCUAAAUUCCACACUUGUGCUGAAAAUGAUGCAUUAACAAUUCAAACAUUAAAAAUGGAAAAAGAAAAUAUAAGUAAAACUCUACAAGCAGCACAAGAACAAAUUAUCGUAAUUGAAAAUGAAAAAGCAUUACUAAUUAAUCGACUAGAUGAAGAAACCUCUCAAAAAACUGUAUUUGAGAAAGAAUAUCUUAAUAAAUGCGCAGUAUUAAAUGAUAUAUCCACCCAACUUAAUAGCGAAAUUGUUAAAAAUAGAGCAGAAAUAUCUAGCCUUACAGAAAAAGUUAAUGAAUUGGAAAAGCAAAAGACACAAAUGAAUGCUGACAUUAACACAUUAGAAUUGAAUUUAUCACAGACAAUACAUAAACAUAAAGAUAUUAUACUGAAAAAAGAUAGUGACAUUCGAGAUUUGACAUCAAAACUUUCUGAUCUGGAAUCACUGAAGACAGAGUUAGAAAAUAAAAUAAAGACUGAAGAGGAAAUUCAAAUGCAGGCAAUAGAGGUUCUACAGCGUGAAAAUAUUCAGUUACAAUAUACUUUAGAGGAAGACAACAUAAGCCAUGAAGAGAGCAUGAAAGAAAAGAAUAAUCUUCUAGAGAAAUUAGAAGGAGACCUUUGUAACCUCAAACAACAGAUGGAUAGAAUUAAAAAUAAUUAUGAUGAAGAUAAAGUUAAAUGGAACAAUUUUGAACAAGCUAAGAAUGAGGAAAUAACCAGUCAAGUGAAAUGUAUAAAUGACUUAAACACUAAAAUGAAUACACUAAAUGAAGACAUUUGUGAGAAACAGAAAAUAAUUGCAAAUUUGAUUCUUCAGAAUAAUACAUAUAUAGACAGUAUAGCUGUGCUCAACAAAGAAAUAGGUGAAUUGAGAAAAGAUUGUGCUACAAACGCUCAAGGGCAUGCUACUGAAAAAGCAGUUCGGGAUUCGCUUGAAUCAGAAAAGAAAAAUUUAGUUGAAGAAAAUCGUAUUUUACUUCAAAAGGCAUUAGACGAUCAAACUGCGUAUGAGGUUUUAGAGUCUGAAAGAAAUUCUUUGUUAAAUGAGAAAGAGAUUCUCGUUCAAGAACUUUUGGAAGAGAGAGAAAUGCGGAAGUUAGUGGAUAAAGAAAAGGAACAAGUUGUGAUGGAAAAUAAAAACAUUGUAGAACAUUUGAAUGAAACUAAAAAUUCUUUAAUGCAAGAAAGAGAAUGUUUAAAUCAACAACUUGUUGAUGAAGGCUUAGCUAAGAAGGUGCUAGAACAAGAAAAAUGCGACAUUGCUACUGUUAAAGCAGAAUUGGAUGAGAAGUUGGCAACAGAGAUAUUGAAUAGAAUGCAACUUGAAAAACAAAUUAACAAGCUUACUUCAGAUAAUAAUAAUCUGCUAGAAGAGAUAUCCCAACUCAAAACAAUGGUCAAUGCAUUAGAAAAUGAAAAAGCUAAACUUUAUCAACAAGUUGAAAGCUUUAUCAUUGAAAAAGAAGACUCACAUUCACAACUAGAAGCAAUUAAUGAAAGAGUCAAUCAAUUAACCCAUAUUAAUAACGAACUGAUUAGUAAUAAAAGUGAUAUGGCCCAAGAAGAAAAAGCGUUGGCUAAAUCUGUAAAUGAACUUAAAAUAGCACUGAGUGAAGUUAAAAGCGAAAGAGAUUCUCUUGCUUAUAAAUUACAAGAGAUAAAUAAACAGUAUCAUACAGAAAUAUGUAACACGCAAGAAGAGAUGAAAAACAUUACAUCGGAGUUUAAUCAUUUAAAAUCCGAUUACAAGAACUUGCAAGAUACAUACAAUGAGAUUGGUACAGUUCUAUGUGACGCCUUAGAAAAUAUCAUAAAUAAUAUAGAAACAAAGAAGAUUAAUCAUGUUUUAGGAAAUAGAACAUUUGUUAAAAAUAAAUCUUUAUCUAUGGAAAAUAUAAAUAAUGUACUGGAUAUUGCUACAACACUUAUCGAUGAGGUGACUUCUUUAAGAGAUAUUGAAUUGUCAUUAAAACAACAAAUAACUACAUUAAAAGUAUUAGACGAAGAAAAAGAUACACAAAUUUCAACUCUUAAAGCAGAUAUACAAAAUCACUUGAAGGCAAUAAAUGAAAAUGAAAUGAAUCUGUUAAAGCAAACUGAGUCCCACAAUGCGGCCUUGGAAUCGAAGACACGUGAUAUACAUAAGCUGCAAAAUGAAAACCAGUCGCUUCGUAAUGAAUUAAAUACAGUCAGAAUACAAUUGGACGAAAGAGUACAUUCUCUAAAAGACAAAAUAAUUGAUAACGAAAAUAUAACUGAUAAAUUAAAAGAAACGUAUGAAUGCCAGAUCGACAAUUUGAAUACGAUGGUUACGAAAUUGACGAAUUACUUAAAAGACAAAACGAUAGAAUUAGAAACUAUGCGAAAUGAAAAAGACAAACUGCAAGUUAACAUAGAUGAAAAUAGUAAAGUAAUCAAAUCAUUCGAGGAGGAAAUUAAGUCGCAGAAACAAAUUCAGGAAAAAUUAAUAAAUGAAUUUGAAUCUGAGAGACUUGUUCUGAGAAAUAUGGUUACAGUUACAGAAUCUGUAAUGGAGGAUCAAAAGGAUAGUUUGAAUAAAGUUAUUAAUGUUCACUUAAAAACUAUUGAUACUUUACAAGACGAGAUAGCUGCUUUAAAGGAAUUAGUUGAAUUGGAAAAGACUAGUACUCAAAGUAAAAUUAAUGAAAAAGAAAUUGCAUCGGAAGCUCUAUGUAAAGCUUACAAUGACGUUAAAAAAGAAAAAGAUACAUUGGAUGCAAAAUAUCAAUCUGAACUGAAACAAUUGACUGUUGAAAAGAACAAUCUGUAUGAUGAUUUGGAAAGAUGUAAAAAAGAUGUUUUGUGCAGAGAUGAAGAAAAUAAUGAAUUGAAAAUAAAAUUGGACUCAGUUGAAAAGGAGAGUCAUAAGUUGAAUGAAGAAUUGAAUCAAAGAGACGAAAAAAUUGAAUAUCUCGAGCGAUUAAUGCAAGAAAAAGUAGAACAACAAAACAAACUACUUAAUGAUGUGGCUGACUUAAAUCAGCAACAAUCUGCUUUAGAAAAAGAAAAAGAGGAAUUAUUGAGAAAAAUUUGUGAACUUACCCAAAGAGUUGAGAGUAUUGAGUGUGUUGAAGGAAAAUUAAAUCAACUGGACCAAGAAAAUAAGCAUUUAAAGAAUGCUAUUGAAGAAAAACAAUAUGAAAUUACUGGCCUGGAAUCACAUCUACAGACUAUCCUUACAGAGAACAAACAUUUACAGGAAGCAUUUGAUACUGAAAAAAUAAAUAUUAUAAAUAAAUGUUCCCUUUUACAAGAGCAUCAGGAAAAGGCUGAGCAAGAACUGAUAAGUCAUCAAAAUGAAAUAGAAUCUUUAAAGAAAACUAUUGAAAAUGUGUCUCACAAUGCUAACAAAUAUGCUGAAGAAAGAGACAUACUCAGUAAACAACUCGAAGACGAGAAAAUAACAAAGAAGAGAUAUCUAGAACAAAUUAAAGAACUAAAUUUGGACGUGUGCGACCUACGAAGGCGAUUGGAUGAUACUAAACAUGAGUUGGAAGUUGUGAAUGUACUCCGAAAGGAAAAUGAGGAGUUGUACAAAUUAGUUGGUCAAAGAGAAACAUUUGCAGUAACGAGCCAAGAGAAAUCCAACCAAAAAUACUCAGACCAAGUUGAAAAGGAACUGCGGCAACUCCACAAUCAGGUAGAUAGUAAUUCUACUGAUACUCAUUUAUCCAUGGAGAGUUACCAAACAAUAACUGACUUAGAAAAAAUCGUACAAGACAAAAAUCGCACCAUUACUACAUUACAAAGUGACAUCACUUAUUUGAAAUCCCUUGUAGCUGAAUCUGAGAAUAAACUCCUUGACGUCUCCAAAGAUCUGGAGAUGAGUAAAGAGAAUUGUUACCAACUGUCAAGUCAGCUCAAGAAAAUAGUGCACCAAAAGAACGAAGAAAUUUCCGAACUCAAAAAGCAAGUGUGUAAAAUGAGUGCCACGGAAAGCCGGGCGACACAGAUUAUUAAACUAUCCGCGAAAUAUCAAGCGAUGAUCCUAAAGCGAGUUGCUGAAUUGAAAUCAAAUACAAUUCUCAAAGAGCUAACUAAUUUCGGUAAUUCCAACAACUGUGAUAAUGAAGUAAGGCGUAAUUUGAAUGUGGGGACUAUCACUAUGGAAGAUCUUGAGAACUUUUUGGAAACCACAGACAGACAUUUAAAAUGUUGCACUGAGAAGCAAAUCGCUCUUCAAAAGGAAAGGGAUAGACUGUCUGAAGUGAGUAGGAUAAACGAAUCCGAAGUCAUCAAUAUGCGGAAGUUCCUGACGGAACUCUCGGUGUGCGUGAAAACUUUUAACUCGGUAAAGGAAUUGUAUAACCAGAAAUUGAGUCGAGUUAUAUCAUUGCAAAGGACAGUGAGACGGGAGAUACUUAACUUGGACGGUCACAUAACUGACGCGACUAUGUGUAAACUAGAAAGAGGUUACGCCGCGGUGAUGCAAGAUUUAUCCGAGUGUGCGAUGAACAUGGAGCGGUGGGUCGAGAGGAGUAUCGGGAGGACAAUAUCUUCUGAGAAAAUAAAACAAGCGUUUACUAGUGAAUUGGACCGUGUUUCGCUAAAGUCGACCAGUUUUCAGAACACAAGUCUCGAAGUCCAGUUGGAGGAGAUGGAAAAUUCUUUCCAGAAGCUUCUCGAAGAAGUCGCUCGCGCUCAGAAAGGCGAGGGAGCUAAGGACGCGCAAUCUGUGACCGUUAUGGAGGUACGAGCGGAAUACGAAGACAAGCUCAACAGGAUGAAAGCUAAAAUGAAACAACUGUACCAAGAGCAGAUAUCGAUUUUCAAAGAGAAGCAAAAAGAUGAGAUAGCAUCUCUCGAGAGGGAAUUAGAGGCGACUCGCAGUAAACUGGAGGAGUCGAGUCGCGCGUACGAGAAACACAUCAGAUCACUGACCACGGAGCUGUGGAACGUUGGCGAGAAGUUCCUAAUGAAGAAGGAUGAAGCAGAGUGGUUGAGGAAGACGCAGCGCUCCGGCUCGCUCAUGUCCUUGCAGCAUGUACAUUCGUCGGGUCUCAUUGCUCCGCAAGAGGAGCCGUCCAGACCAUCCGACACGCAUUCCCUACGAUCCUUGCCCGUUAACACAAAUAACAAUAAAGAAAGCCGCGGCGUGCACAUGUCGGACGAGGAGGGCGAGGUGUUCGACAACCGCUGGUUGCGCGAGCUCGCCAGCACUCCUCGCCGCGAGAGGGAGCGGGAGGGAGAGAAGGGGAGGGGGAGGGAGAGCGAACGGGGGAGGGAGGGAGGUCAGCGGCUGUCGGAGUUGCGUUGGCGCAACUCGCUGUGCCCGCCGCACCUCAAGAGCUCGUACCCCGCGGAGACGCAGUUUGCGCACGCGCUGCAUGAGGAGGACAUUAAGUGUGUGGGCUCGAUGUCAAUGGGCGAGCGAGUUCGCAAGGAGGUCGGCAUCACUGCGUACAAGAAGCCGGGGCCGCCGACGCCCAGCAAACAGGCUGGCAGACUCUCCGCUACGGAUUCCGAGUUACGCGAAUCACUGCGCGUGGAAGCAGAGCCGGGUGUGUCCCGCAAGACUAGCACCCCGUCCCGGCUGCGCGCGCUGUUCCGCGGCAAUAAGAACGAUACCACUGAAGGAACCCCACGAGCCAGACGGCUCAGCAAUAUAUUCAGAAAAAAGUGAUGAAAUUUCCCGCCGAAUUAUGUAUUCCGAACUAUUGUUGAUAAUAAAUUUAUUAAUUUAUUCUUUU